AUGGACCGGGGCAAGGGGCCGCGCAAGUGGGACAUCGACGGUAACGAAUACGUCGACUACCGCACCGGCCACGGUUCGAUGAUUCUUGGCCAGGCGCACCCGGCGAUUGUGGACGCAGUUCAAACCCAGAUGGCGAAAGGCACUCAUCUCAGCCCCUGCACCGAGGUCGAGAUCAGGUGGGCAAGCCUCAUCAAGCAGAUAGUCCCUUCCGUUGAAAAGGUGCGUUUUGUGAGUUCAGGCACGGAGGCCGUCAUGAUGGCUUUCCGGAUCUGCCGCCGGUUCACCGGCAAAGAGAAGAUCGUCAAGUUUGCCGACGCGUUCCACGGAUGGUCCGAUGCGGCCUACGUAACCGACCCAGACACCGACGCCGCAUACGGCAUACCCUCCGGCACGGCGUCCUCAGUCAUCAACCUGCCUCCUCACGACCUCGAAGCGGUCGAGAACACGCUCAAGUCAGACGACGACAUUGCCGCAGUCGUUUUCCAGGGAAACGACGUGGCCCGGCCUGAGUUUAUAAGGGGUCUGCGCGAGCUAACCGAGCGCAUGGGAGUGCUGUUAAUGAUCGACGAAGUCGUAAGCGGAUUUCGUUGGUCCAUGUCCGGAUGCAAGGGGCGCUAUGACGUCACACCGGAUGUCAGCGCCUUUGCCAAGAUCCUCGCGGGCGGUCUCCCGGGCGGCGCGGUCGGUGGCAGGGCCGACAUUUUGGACGUGAUCGGCCAGGGCGGCGUACGGCACCCCGGCACGUUCAACGCAAACCCGCUGUCGGCAGCUGCCGGCGCAACGCGCGCUCCAACUUUUGAUCGAAGAGCCGAUUGUCGAAACGGCAGAAGCGUCGGCGGAAAAACUCCGGGUCGGAAUAAACGAGUGGACCAACUUCAGAUGGAGUUCAUCAAUCAGAGUAUGGUCGAGUCCCGUGGCGUUCAUCUGUCGAGCUCCCACCAGGACAGCGAAAUCGACUUCACCGUAGACAAAUUCGAGGCCGCGCUUACGGAAGUCCGCAAGACCGGAGCAAUCUAG